UGCGGACGCAGGCAACAGUUCAGUCCACGAAAAGCGCUGCGCUUUGUGGGUGUGGGCCACCCUCCCCAAAAAAAACAACUAAUUUUUAUUUAUUUCAUGUUGUUUUUUGGGGUUUUUCCCGGACUGUUGAGCUGCUGCAGGAGGAUUUAACAUGCCAGACUUCUGAGGAAACAUCCCUUCUUUUUUUCUUCCCCCAGUUCUUUUCCUCUGGAAAGUAGACGGCUCCCUCCGUUGCGCGUCAGCAGCUGGGCGCACAGAUUGUGUUCAUGGCACCGCUCCGGCUGCUGCUCUGGGUCGCGCUGCUGCAAGGCAUCGCCGGCAAGACUCUCAAAUACAAAGUUUACGAGGAGCAGAAAGUGGGAUCGGUCAUCGCACGGUUAAAAGAAGAUGUUGCCGGGGUUUUGUCUAAACUACCGAGUUCCCUGACCUUUCGGUUCCGCGCCAUGCAGCGGGGCAGCACGCAGUACCUGACCGUGCGGGAGGAGGACGGGCAGAUCAGCAUCGCCACCAAAAUCGACCGCGAGAAGCUUUGUGAGAAAAACUUAAACUGCUCUAUCGAAUUCGACGUGGUCACGCUGCCCACGGAGUAUUUGCAGCUGUUCCACGUGGAGGUGGAAGUGCUGGACAUCAACGACAACUCCCCGCACUUCUCCCGCGCCAUCGUCCCCAUCGAGAUCUCCGAGAGCGCGUCGGUCGGGACGCGCGUCCCGCUGGACGGCGCCGCCGACGCCGACGUCGGGGAGAACUCUCUGCACACGUACUCCCUGACGCCCAACAACUUCUUUAAGAUCGACGUGCGGACCAGGACGGACGGGGCGAAGUACGCCGAGCUGGUGGUGAUGAGGGAACUGGACCGGGAGGUUCAGUCCGGGUACCAGCUCCAGCUCACGGCCUCUGAUAACGGCGUCCCCCCCAAGUCAGGAUCCACUCUGCUCAAAAUAAGUAUCUCAGAUUCCAACGACAACAGCCCAGCCUUUGAUGAUCAAGCUUACAUUGUCAAUUUGCUGGAAAACUCUCCCCUCGGGACUCUAAUUAUUGACUUAAAUGCCACAGAUCCAGACGAGGGCAGUAAUGGGAAAAUAGUAUACUCUUUCAGUAGCCAUGUCUCACCAAAGAUCUUGGAAGCGUUUAAGAUAAACCCAGAAAAUGGGCACAUCACUCUCAUUCAAAAAGUGGACUAUGAAAGUACUGCAUCAUAUGAACUGGAUGUUCAGGCGCACGACAUGGGCCCAAAUUCCAUUCCUGGACUUUGCAAAAUUGUGGUGAAAGUGGUAGAUGUGAAUGACAACAAACCAGAGAUAAACAUCAAUCUGAUGACGCCUGGCAAAGAGGAAGUGGCCUACAUUUCAGAAGGGGCCCCGUUGGACACUUUCAUAGCUCUGGUACGUGUUGAUGAUAUCGAUGCAGGGCCCAAUGGGGAGGUGGUAUGUAGACUGCAUGGUCAUGGUCACUUUAGGCUCCAGAAGACCCAUGAAAAAAACUACAUGAUUUUAACCAAUGUGUCCCUGGACCGGGAGAAGAGAUCAGAAUACAGUCUGACAGUCAUAGCUGAGGACAGGGGUUCCCCUAGCCUCUCUACCAUAAAACAUUUCACUGUUCAGGUGCUGGAUGAAAAUGAUAAUCCUCCACGUUUUGAGAAAAGCCGGUAUGAGAUCUUUAAAUCUGAAAACAACUCUCCUGGAGCUUAUCUUAUGACUGUGGUGGCCUCAGAUCCAGAUCUGGGAACUAAUGGACAGGUCACAUACAAUAUUUUAGAUACUCUGGUUCAAGGGAGCCCUAUUUCUACCUAUGUUACCAUUGACCCUUCCAAUGGUGCCAUCUAUGCCUUACGUAGCUUUGACCAUGAAGACGUCAGCCGGAUAACGUUCACUGUUCAGGCUCGUGAUGGGGGGAACUCUGCAUUGUCAGCAAACACCACUGUCCUUCUAACUGUUCUGGAUGAAAAUGACAACCCCCCCAUAAUCCACUCUCCCUCUCUAAGGAAUCAUACAGCUGAACUUCCUGUGUGGAAGUAUGCAUCACCUGGUCAGCUGAUCACUGCACUUAAAGUCACAGACCAUGACUCUGGUGCCAAUGGAGAGGUGAGCUGCAUCAUUGUUGGUGGCAAUGAAGACGGGCUGUUUGUAAUGGAUGCGAGGCGGUGUGAGCUCAGAACUAAUGCUAGUCUGGAGCAGGCUUCGCUGGAUGUGAUGGAGAUUAGGGUGGAAGUGAAAGACAGGGGCACUAAUCAGCUAACCACAGGAGCACUUCUCAGGCUCUCCCUGCAGGAGAACAUGGACAUUUUACCCCCUCUUUAUCCCACCGGCUCCAGUCAGGCUUCACUCGAUCUUUCCCUGGUUGUCAUAAUUUCCCUGGGUGCUGUUUGUGCUCUGCUGCUCAUUGUAAUGGUGAUGUUUGCAACAGCCCGCUGCAGCCGUGAGAAGAAAGAUCCUAGACACAACUAUAACUGUCGUGUAGCAGAGAAUAGUUACCAGAACCAUCCAAAAAAACCUGCCAGGCAGAUCCACAAAGGAGAUAUUACCCUGGUCCCGACCGUCAAUGGAACCUUACCUGUCCGGGCUCACCCUGGAUCCCCUUUACCCUCCCCUGCACCUGAGAGAGGCACCCUUGGGAGCAGACAGAGCCAGCACAGCCGCCAGUCACUCAACAGCCUGGUCACCAUCUCCUCCAAUCAUGUACCAGAGAACUUUGCUCUGGAACUGGCCCACUCCACACCUCCUGUAGAGCAAGUCUCACAGCUUCUGUCCAUGCUCCAUCAGGGCCAGUACCAGCCACGACCAAGCUUCAGAGGCAACAAAUACACCAGGAGCUACAGAUAUGCCCUGAAUGAGAUGGAUAAGUUCAGUCUAAAGGACAGUGGGCGUGGAGACAGUGAAGCCGGGGACAGUGACUAUGAACCUGGCAGAGAGUCACCCAUGGAUAGGCUCCUCUGUGAGGGCUUUCCUGAGCUAUAUCCCCCUGAUGGCCCACACAAACGACAUGCAGCUAUGCGGCUUUGCACAGAGGAGUGCCGUGUCCUAGGUCACUCAGAUCAGUGCUGGAUGCCCCCCCUACCGUCUCCGGCCUCAUCCUCCGCCGACUACCGAAGCAAUCUGUAUAUCCCUGGGGAAGAAGCCCGCCAAACCAUCGACAUCCCUCCGGAAAAAAGUCCCCAGCCUUGCACCGACACCGGUCCAGCCCGGAACCAGAGCUUCUCCACCUUUGGCAAGGAUCUGGGUGGGGAGGAGGUUGGAGACGAGGAGGACGGAGAGGGUGGCAACAUCAAGGCCGGAGAUGAAGACCUGUGCGGUACCACGUCAUUGCUGUCAGAGAUGAGCAGUGUGUUUCAGAGGUUGCUGCCACAAGGUUUGGAUUCAUAUGUCCAGAUCAACGAGAACCAGAAGGGGACGAGCCUGAGCGGGAUGGUCGUGCCUAUGACUGGAUCUUUAGAUCGUAGAAGGGGUCACCUACCUGGCAAGCCCAGUCCUUCUGUCCACCAGCAAGGCGUGGCAACCUGGGCUGCUAACACUCACUUCCAGAACCCAGGAAGCAGUAUUGGUCCAACUAGCCAGCACCACGGUGGCAACUACCACACCCUCAAACCCAACACCAAGCUCAGCUCCCAGAACAGCAGCCACAAAGGGUCGCAGGCACCUAAAAACAGCCCCCAGAAUAGCGGCCACCCCCCCAUGACCCACAGCGGCAGCAUGCUCACAGCGCUGGUCAGCCCAACGCUGGUGCAGCCUCUGCUGACCCCGGCUCCACUGCCGGCUCCCAUCACCGGGAACUCUUCCAAGUGGUUGCCAGCCAUGGAGGAAAUCCCAGAGAACUAUGAAGAGGAUGAUUUUGACUCAGUGCUCAGCCACCUCCAGGGCAAACGCAGCGAUAGCCGCCAUGAGCUGGUGGAUGCCAGUGAGCUGGUGGCCGAGAUUAACAAACUCUUGCAGGAUGUCCGGCAGAGCUAGACUCCUUUAUUUAUUACUCUAUGCCCACUGUUUCCUUUUAUGCAGAGUAAAACGUAAAACCUGUGGGUGUUGAGAUAAAAACACAAAAGUAUUGCAAAUUUGAAACAGAAAAAAUAAGACUUGCAAUGGUCAUUAAAGUUGCUUUUCUAAUUAAAGUAAUUGUGUUUUUUGUGAAUGCUAAAUAUCCCAAAAAAUGUUUGUUUAUUGCUGGUUUGGCACAUGUAGUAUACUAUGUGACUCUAUUUAUCUUUGUAUUUUGAAAAUACAUUUGUAUACUUAUAUUUAUAAAAAUAAAGUGUAUAUAAAUUUAAUAAAAGGUCUAUUUUUAUAUAUUGAUGCAUGUUAAGUACAAAACUGUUGAAUCAAGACUUUGACAUGCGAUUGACAUUCUGCAUAUUUAAACUUGUCUUUUGUAUUGUGUUUUUUUAUUUAUCACUAUUAAAUGUAUACCUGAAUAUAUUAAUGUAUUGAUAAACGCUUGUCUUUGUGGUUUAUUAUGGGGAAAGGGACGGUUAAAAAUAAUUAA